AUGCCUCCUUUAGCAGACCUUGCGCUUCGCCAUGCGAUAGUCCGCAUAUCAAAGCUCGCCGUAUCUUCAUACGUCCUCGAUUGGAUUUUCAUCAUGUGCGCUCUCGGCGUCGCGGGUAUUGGAGCAGGUUUUGGUUCACUUGAGCCUAGCCAACGCCCGUUUUAUCUCGAAGACCCGGAUAUAUCAUUGAAAGUGGCGGACCAUGAUACUGUUUCGUCUGCAGUUCUCGUCGUUAUCGGCCUCGUUAUUCCCGCCGUUGUCGUUGUCGCAGUUAGUUUGUUGCUAGUCCCCAGCCCUCUGGCUCUCAAAGGCACACCUUUCGCCCUGAUCUGGAGACGCAAGAUCUGGGAAUGGAAUGCCGGAUGGAUGGGACUGGGCCUGUCGCUGGCCGCUACUUAUUGCGCUACCGAGGGCCUCAAGGACAUCAUUGGUAAACCGCGCCCUGAUAUGCUCGCUCGCUGUGACCCGGAUAUCUCGAAAAUCAGCACCUAUGCCGUCAGUGGUUUGGGACAAGUACUUUCAGGCGCUCCGACUUUUGUUACUUUGGAUAUCUGCCGUAAUCAAAGUGAUUUUCUGAGAAAGGAUGGGUUCUCUGCCUGGCCGAGCGGUCAUUCUUCCUUCUCAUUUGCAGGAAUGCUCUACCUGACCCUCUGGCUUUGCGCCAAAUUUUCCGUUGCCUUUCCGUACAUUGGCCCAUUGCCAUUCGGAGCGAGAUCACCUGCUGCGAACGCUGCCGGGCUAGCCUCAUCAUCAGACAAUGGCACCGCAAACCCCGAGAAUUCCAAGUCAGCCGGACAACGAACUGGUUCAUCAUCACAGGCACUACCAUCGACAUCUCCGCGAAGCCAAGGAGCUGCUCCCCCAGUUUAUCUCCAGGUUAUCGCGUUCUUUCCUGUCUGCGUUGCGUUCUUUGUCGCAUGCAGCAGGUACCACGACCACCGCCACUCCGGGUUUGACAUUAUUUCUGGUAGCGUUAUUGGAAUAUUCUUUGCCUACAUCGGGUUCCAUAUGUACCAUCUUCCUCUCCGGCGCAGCGACGGCUGGGCUUGGUCUGCUCGCAGCCGCAGCAAUGCCUUUUUCAGGAGUAUUGGAUACGCGGAUUUGACAGUGACAGAGGGCUGGGCUGCUGACUCGCCUUUGUUGCCGACAGUUGAGAAUACCAAUCCUCGUGGCGAGGUCUAA